AAGACUUGAGAGGAGCUGAGUGGAGACUUGGACGGCCCAGUUUGGAUUUGACCAUUUCUCUCUCUCUCUCAGUGCUGCGGUAGACUGUGUGGUCUCCUCUCUCUAGUCUUCUUGCUACCUCGUGCUGCCGUGGGAAGCAUAAAGCUGGAUCUUGAUCGACCGCACCAUCAAUCAAUCGAUCGAUCAAUCGCUUAGCCAUUUUAUUCUGCCCCAAAGGUGUUACGCUGCUAGAUCGACUCGGAGCUGCGGUGGCGAUCCCUGUGGAAUUUGCUCCUGGCGUCGUUUCUUUGAAAGAUUGUCCGCGAAGAAUUUGUGCAUGCGAAAGGAGAAGAAGGAUUGAGAUUGGUUAGACGCUCAGCACAAUGGGCGGGCUUUGCUCGAAACGAUCUGCUGUAGAUAAAUCGCCCAGCGAGAGUACCCUCGAUUCCAAUGGGCUCAGGGAUCAACCGAUGCCGAAUCAAUCCCGUAGUAAGAUGAAAGGGGCUUUGGCUUAUUCGAUAGCAGGAGAAACUAUGGAGAAGCGGCUGCAAGAACAGACCGUUUCCGUUACGGAGGGGAUGAGUGUGCCCGCUGAAGACUUACAUGCCGCUUCUGCAGAGGCCACGGAGCCACAGUUAUCGAGGGCUUUCUCACAAAAGUCCAGGUCAACCAUGUCAAAGCCCUCCGACCCUGGGCAGUCUGGGACUACUAAGGUUUCAGAAGUGAGCUCAGUUUUGGGCAAGGCAGGUAGUGUUGGGUUUGGCAAAGCUGUGGAGGUAUUGGAUACACUCGGUAGUACCAUGACGAAUUUGCACCUGAAUAGUAGUUUUGUAUCAGGAGUUUCAACAAAGGGAAACAAAAUAUCUAUAUUAUCUUUUGAAGUUGCCAAUACCGUUGUUAAAGGUUUUAAUCUAAUGCAAUCGCUUUCAAAGGAGAACAUAAAGUAUUUGAAGCAAGUGGUACUUCGAUCAGAAGGUGUACAAUAUUUAAUAUCCAAAGACAUGGAUGAGUUGCUGAGGGUUGCUGCUGCUGACAAAAGGGAAGAGCUGAAAGUAUUUUCCAAAGAGGUUGUUCGCUUUGGAAAUCGUUGUAAAGAUCCUCAAUGGCACAACUUGGAACGCUAUUUUGACAAACUAGCAUCAGAACUUACCCAUCAAAAACAGUUGAAAAAAAUAGCUGAAACUGCAAUGGAGCAGCUCAUGACAUUGGCUCAUUAUACAGCUGAACUAUACCAUGAGUUGCAUGCCUUGGAUAAAUUUGAGCAAGAUUAUAAGAGAAAACAUCAAGAAGAUAAUAGUGCAAAUGGAGUACAAAGAGGUGAUAAUCUCCAAAACCCAAGGCAAGAUUUGAAGAGCCAAAGAAAGCAUGUAAAGUCCUUGAAGAAAAGAUCACUCUGGUCCAAGAAUUUGGAAGAGGUGUUGGAAAAGCUUGUAGAUAUUGUCCACUUCUUACACUUGCAGAUUCAGGAUGCCUUUGGAACUGCUGAUACUGAUAAACCAUCAGAGUUGACUAUGAAGAGUCAAAGAAGAUUGGGACCUGCUGGCCUUGCGCUACAUUAUGCAAAUAUCAUUACUCAGAUAGACACCCUUGUCUCUCGGUCAAGCUCUGUACCUUCAAAUACAAGAGACUCGUUGUACCAAGGAUUGCCCCCGACGAUGAAAAAUGCAUUUCGUUGUAGGUUGCAAUCAUUUCAGAUCAAGGAAGAGCUUACUGUUCCUCAAAUCAAAGCAGAGAUGGAAAAAUCAUUGCGGUGGCUUGUCCCGAUAGCCAAUAACACAACCAAGGCUCACCAUGGUUUUGGUUGGGUUGGAGAGUGGGCAAACAUAGGGUCCGAGGUGAAUCGAAAGCCAGGUGGUUCGGUGGACUUGAUUCGGGUAGAGACACUCUACCAUGCAGACAAGGAGAAGACUGAAGCAUACAUCCUUAACUUAUUGCUAUGGCUUCACCAUCUCAUCAGCCGCUUGAAGUCCAGUGGUGGAGGGAUCAAAUCUCCCAUCAAAUCCCCAGUUUGUUCUCCCUCACAAGAGGGUUUAACCAUAACAUCACUGUCUGCGAAACCGAGCCCCCCAUCAUCCGUGCUCUCUCAAGAAGACGAAGAAAUGCUGCAGUACGUGAACUUCAGGAAACUGAUCCCAGGGAUUAGCAAGAGCCAGGAGUUUGACACAACAAAGUCGAAGUCGGGCAGGCACAACCGGCUGAGCAAGAGCAACAGCCACUCGCCUGCCAGCUGUACCAGGAAAGACUUCUUUGCAGGGGCUAGAAGGCCGUCGUUGCUUCCCGUCAUUGACUUUAACAUCGACAGGGUAAAAGCGCUGGAUAUGAUCGAUCGAGUGGAUGAUAUCAGAAAACCGUGAAGCAGCUACAGAACAUGAUCCGAGGAUUCAUCAAGUCCAGCAAAAUGAUAUGAAGAAGAGUGUUCAUAUGCAAACAGAUAACCUCACAUGAUGGAGCGCUUGUGGAUAGAGAUGGAGACGGCAAGCAUGAUCGACUUGUAUCAUGAAGUUAUAAUGUUCUGUGUACAAGCCUUUCGGAUCUAAUAAAUAUUCUAAAUGUUUUGAGAUAAAAUGUGGCUGUCAAAGGAUCUCCACUGUGAUGAUGAAGGCUAUUUUAGUAGCAAAUUACAGAGUCAAGGACAGUAAUAUCAUUAUAUAAUAUAUUUUAAUCCUGAUA